CUAUGCAUUUUUCUACAUGUUUGCUGAUCAAAUGAGCCUACAAUUUGCGAAUUCUGUUUUGGAGUUAGAUGCUAUAAAGAAUGGAACAAGCCUUUUAAGUGGACCAAGAGAGGCCUAUGGAUAUGAAAUGCCAGUAUGACCGCUGGUUUGCUAGCCUAUUUUUCAGUAAUGGCCUCUGGCCACAAAGGCUUGAACAUUCGAGUGAAGAUCAUCGAUUUUAGCAAUGCCUGAACUUGCAUUUACACUGUAUUUUGGUUUGCUUGUUGACUCAAUUUACAACGUAUUUGGUGUCAAACCAGGAGCUGUUUUAGCACUUUGAAAUCUUCCAAUAAUUCUUUUAAGCCAAAGAAAAAAAAUUGAAACUGAGGUAAUUCUAUUUAACCAAUGAUGCAAUCAAUAGCGAAUUUGUCCCUCGUCGGAGGUCCAUCAUUCGACCGUUGGUCCAGAUCCCAAAAGUUGGAUCCCUUCUUUUGACUCGUGUCUGCGAGAGCAAGGCACCAUUGCUUCAAAGUCGGAGUUACGUCAAUGGGCGAUGGUGAGGAGUAGGUUAAUACAGAUGGUCUCAAAGCUUCAAUCUUUGAAGGAAGCAGAACAAGCCCAAGCUUCCAUCAUCAAAACAGCCCUUUGGGACCACUCUGGUAUCGUUCCCAAACUCGUAUCCUUCGCUUGUCUCUCUCCAGUGGGCAGCCUCUCGCAUGCCCAAGCAAUUUUUCAAGAAACCAGCAUGGACAAUCCCUUUGUUUGUAAUACUAUGAUUCGGGGUUACUCAAAGAGCGUGUUUCCCAUUAAAGCUAUACUCAUUUACAACUACAUGCACGGCGCUCACGUUGAAUGUGAUCACUUCACCUACAAUUUCGUGCUCAAAGCCUGUGGUAGGAUAAUCUGGUGCACUAAAGAUGAUGCGAUGGCUGGUGAGCGUAUCGAUAUUUCUUCCAAGGGAGCUGAGAUUCAUUGCAGAGUCUGGAAGUCAGGGUUCGAUCAGGAUCAGUAUAUUCAGAAUUCCCUGCUCCAUGUGUAUUCUCAGUGUGGAUCGGUGAGUCACGCCCGCUGCCUUUUUGAUGAAAUGACGCAAAGGACUGUCACUUCAUGGAACAUAAUUAUAUUGGCCUAUGAUCGGUCGGGUGAUUUCGCAUCCGCAAAUCGUCUACUCGAGUUGAUGCCUGCAAAGAAUGUGGUUUCUUGGAAUACCUUGAUGGGACGGUACAUCAGGAUGGGCAAUCUUGCAGCGGCAAAGAAGGUGUUCCUGGAGAUGCCCGAGAGAGAUGCAGUUUCGUGGAACUCAAUGAUUGCAGGUUACAUUCAAGUUAAAGAUUAUAAUGGCGCAUUAAGUUUGUUUCAUGAAAUGUCAAAUGCCAAUAUUGAGGCAACAGAGAUAACGCUUAUUUCUGUUCUGGGUGCUUGUGCGGAGACGGGUGCUCUGAAAGUAGGCGGGAUGAUCCAUGAGUCCAUAGAAGCCAAGGGAUAUAAAAUUGAAGGUUACUUAGGUAUUGCACUUGUUGACAUGUACUCCAAAUGCGGAAACUUGAGUCUUGCUUGGGAAGUUUUCAGUCAAGUGAAAAUGAAACCUGUUAGUUGUUGGAAUGCAAUGAUUGUGGGUUUGGCUGUCCAUGGUAAUUCUGAUGAAGCUUUGGAGUUGUUUGCAGAGAUGGAGAGGAGGAUUGAUGAAGUUAGACCAAAUCGAGUCACCUUUAUUGGAGUGCUCAUUGCUUGCAGCCACAAGGGCUUGGUGGAUAAGGGCCGUGAGUUCUUUGAUCGCAUGAGGAAGGAGUACAAAAUAGAGCCUGACAUUAAACACUAUGGGUGCAUGGUUGAUCUACUAAGCAGGUGGGGGUUGUUAAGUGAAGCUUAUGAGAUGAUCAAGAGUAUGCCCUUCAAAGCAAACUGUGUCUUGUGGAGAACAUUACUUGGUGCUUGUAGGGUACAUGGCAAUGUGGAAUUGGCAGAGUUAUCCUUCCAAGAGCUUACAUAUUUGGAACCUACUCAGGAUGGUGAUUAUGUACUCUUAUCAAACAUUUACUCUGACGCGCGAAGAUGGGGCGAUGUGGAAUUGUUGAGAGGUGAAAUGAUUGACUUUAGGGUCCCAAAGAGACCUGGCUCUAGCAACAUUGAGAUGAAGUAAUUCCAUUUCACUUGCUUAGUCACAGAAGUGAUCAGGACUCGACCAUCCUUUUCUGGGAGAACAUCAAGGAAUUUCAGUGGGGACGAUUGGCUUAAAAGUGAAGUCAUUGAAACGCCUUCUUAGGUCAAUGUUGUAAUUUGCAGUGUCAAGGAGGAGCUUUGGGAACAAAGAAUGGUAGGAUGGCUUCCCCAGUUCAUGUUGUAAUGUGUUUUGAGUUGAAAUGAGCUGACAAUACUUGGAGCACAACUCCUGUUGAGUUAGGAUCGAAAUCUUUUCCUACAACCAGUGUUAGAUUCAACAGUAGCUUCUGGGAGUAGGAAAGAAACGCAGUAAGUACUUUGUCAAUGUACUCAUCUCCUCGCUGAAAGAAACCAAGUAAUGGCAGGGCCAUUUUCUGCAUAAUGUGUGAAGAGGAUGUCCUAAUGCUUGUUUCUCAGUAUUGGAGGAUUGCUUCUUCAAGUGAUUGCAAUUUUCUAAGAAGGUCUAAGCAGGUUAGCAUACUCUUGAUGUGAAAGCAUUGCAAAAGAGAUUUUUUUUCCCCUUUUUCCCUUUUGCAUAUAUCUCUUGUAUAUGAACAAUUCCAUAUCCUGCAUAACGAUUGGUGAUCCUGCAAUCUUGUUACCUUACAAAAUGUAGACAUCUAUCAGAACU